CCCAGGGGUGGCUGCCCGGGGCCGGAGCACCAGCCUCGCGUCCCCGGGCGCCGCCCCCGUGUCCCGCCCGCGCCACGCUCCGCCCCGGUCGCCGCUCGUCCCGCGUGGGAGCCGACCUGGCUCAGCCUGAUUUACGGCUCUGCUGAAAACCGCUCGCGCGGCUCCCGCAGCAUCAGCACCGGCGGCUGCAGCGGCAGCAACAAGUCGGGACGUUCAGAGUGAUGCAACAGACGACUUUUGAGGAAAGCCGGUACCGUUGGCAGGACUCCCUGGAGAAUGUCGCUGUGUGCCUGCCCUUCCGCUGCCCGAGAUGUGGAGACCAUACGAGAUUUAGAAGCUUGUCGUCCUUGAGGGCUCAUCUAGAGUUCAGUCACAGCUACGAGGAACGAACCCUCCUGACAAAAUGCAGCCUCCUGCCCUCUCUCAAGGACACAGACCUACUCAGGUCCUCGGAGCUCCCCAAGCAGGGAAAACUGCUCCGGGGCCACGCAAAGGUGACCAAGCAGAAGCCUAGCUAUGUUAACUUGUAUAGCAUCUCCCAUGGGCACUCCAAGGACCCGAAACCCUUUGAGAUGGUGGCAGAGAGGCCCGUGUCCUACGUGCAGACCUACACAGCCGUGGACAUCCGGGCUGACUCUCUGGAUGCUCCCCGGUCCAGCUCUGGACUCCCCACCCAAGACACCAAAGCUGCUUUCGAGGCUCACGUCCGAGAAAAGUUCAAUCGCAUGGUAGAGGCCGUGGACAGGACCAUCGAGAAGAGAAUCGACAAACUCACCAAAGAGUUGGCCCAGAAAACCGCCGAACUGUUGGAAGUCCGGGCAGCCUUUGUGCAGCUGACUCAGAAGAAGCAGGAAGUCCAGAGGCGAGAACGCGCCCUGCACAAACAGGUCGACGUGGCUGUGGAAAUGAUCGCCGUGCUGAAGCAGCGCUUGACGGAGUCCGAGGAGGAGCUCCUGAGGAAAGAGGAAGAAGUUGUCACAUUCAACCAUUUCCUGGAAGCGGCGGCCGAGAAGGAGGUUCAAGGAAAAGCAAGGCUCCAGGACUUUAUUGAGAACCUGCUGCAAAGGGUAGAGCUGGCGGAGAAGCAGUUGGAGUACUAUCAAAGCCAGCAGGCCUCCGGUUUCAGCCAUGACACUAGCGAGCACAUGCUCACAGACAUCUCAUCGAGCAGGAAGUCCCGAUGCCUAAGCCGAGGGCACCAGCAUUCUGUUUGCAACCAUCCUGAGCUGAAGGCACACUUCCAUUUGAAGGGGAGAAGCUACCUGAAGAAAGCCAAGGAUGAGCGAGCCGGCAUGCAGCCCGCCAAGGCCAUUCACGAACAGGCUGAGUCUCCGAGAGAAUUCUUCAGACCAGCCAAGAAAGGGGAGCACCUGGGCCUGAGCCGGAAGGGCAACUUCAGGCCCAAAAUGGCUAAAAAGAAGCCUACGGCGAUCGUGAAUAUCAUCUAGAGCUUGGGUGGCUCAGAAGCAUCACCACGGGGCUUACCGAAUGGUGUUCCAGGGGCCAACGGUGUUGUCCUUUUGGAUCUGUGGCGGAAGGAAGGCAUAAAGGAAACGCAGGGAACACAGCAUACAGGGUCACUCAGAUUAACCAGAAUUUAACACAGCGGGUCUCAGUAAGCCAAGACUUUAUUUUGGCCUCCUUUAGGUGCGAGCAAGGGAAAUUAUAAAAAUUAAAUAACGAAGUAAAACUUGAAGCACUCGAAUCCUAUAGUUCUGGUAAACACGAAUGUGCAAUUUCUUAAAUAAUUGGCCCAGUCUUCCACAGACCUGGCUCCAGGGGUUCCUCUACCCGGUGCCCAUUAGUACGUGGGCUGCACAAGAUGCCAGACUCCGGUGUCUACCGCUCUCUGAAUUAUGAGGCAAGGAAUGUGACUGUGAAGUUCUUCUGCUUUAAAGAAAAAUACUACUUUUGGUCUUCUGACAGGGCCGUGCUAUGCUAUGUAGCCCUGGCUGGCUUGGAGCUUGAUAUAUAUAUAUACCAGGCUAGCUUUGAACUUGCAGCAAUCCUCCUGCCUCUGCCUCCUGAGCUCUGGGAGUACAGGUGUGCACCACCGCACCCAGCUAGGAGUGUAAAGUUCUUGUUGAGAGCAGUGAAAUCAAAGGCUUUUGUCGUUUGCUUCUGUGUAGAUCUCCUUUAAUACAUUUGAAAGUCUCUAUGGUAAAGGUUCGUCUGUUACCCUUGAGUAUUCUGGUUAAUCAAGACUUCAGUCUCCGGGUGGGUUACAGAGUACGUUCAGUUAGACCUCGGUUCUCACUUUGCCAGGUGGCUUUCGGAGUUGAUUCACAUCUGGGUCUAUCAGAGCAUAUUUAUCCAGGACUGGGUGCACCCCUCCUGCCUUCUUCGGCUAAGCACGCUGCACCCUCAAGAGCUGUCUGUCUACCAGCCUCUCUAGAGAUAGCUGCUAAAACCCUUGCGGUCAGUAGCAGCACUGAUGUGGUGCCCAAGUGCUUGAUGUGCUAGAGGGCACAUUCAGUGUCCCAUGGCCAUCCGGGCCAUGCGGUGGGGACGCCCGACGUACUACCACCGCCUGCGUCUCUGGAAGUUCCACCGGCUUGCUACCGGUUACCUGUGAGCAUGCUCUUUGCUAACUUCCGUUUCCACCCGGAAGCUCACUUUGCCUCCUGCUGCUUCUAUGGCUGGUGUACACUUUCCUCCCUCUCAGCCACACACCUGGGGGUGUUCAUUGUGCGGUGCAUUCUGCUGUAAUUUCAGAUGAAAAAGAAUGCAUGUGGGAUAUGACCCGUGACAUUAUCCUCCCCAAAUGGCAUUGUUCCCAUUAAAAAAAAAAAGCUUUCAAGAA